UUACCGGAAAUGAACGCGUACAUCCGGGUUAGCUUCACAGCCCUUCACGCUGGCAGGUCAGCUGUUAUUUACUUUACUGCUUCAGUUAGCUGAGCGGUAAAGCGUUUUUAACCUAUGGAGAAGUGUUUUUCAUUCAGCUAUAGGUUCAAACAAACUCACCUUUGACUGACUCAGCGGAGGACCUCAUGUUAUCCCGGGGCUGAGGGUUUUUUUCCGGGUAUUCUGCUAGCUAGUGAGGGUGACAGUUUGGGGCAUCCUGCUAGCCUAGCAGCUAAAAGAGGCUAAGAAGAAGAAAGAGAGGAAAGGAGGUGAGAAGAAACCAGCGUCGUCAGCCAUGGCGGGCGGAAUCACCGACACCGGGGAUCCCUACUCCCCAUUUGUGGGGCUGGUGUACAUGUUCAACCUGAUCGUAGGCACAGGAGCUCUGACGAUGCCUCGAGCCUUCGCUACAGCCGGCUGGGUCGUCAGUAUAGCGCUCAUCUCCUUUUUGGGAUUCAUGAGCUACAUGACCACCACGUUCGUGAUCGAGGCGAUGGCAUCGGCGAACGCUCAGCUGCGCUGGAAGAGGAGGGAGCAGGAGGAGAUUGAUGACAGCGACUCCACCUCUGAGUACUCUGACGAUGACAUCAUGGCCCGGGGUCGAUCGGAGCCGGAGACGAGGCCCAUCCUAUCAGUCCAGAGAUCUGGAGGUCACGCGGAUCAGUUUGACAUCGUGGAGCGGGUUGAGAUGGGUCAGAUGGCCUCCAUGUUCUUCAACAAAGUUGGCGUCAACAUGUUCUACAUCUGCAUCAUCGUCUAUCUGUACGGAGACCUGGCCAUCUACGCCGCAGCUGUGCCAAUCUCUUUGAUGGAGGUCGCCUGUGGAAACCACUCCUGCAGCGCCGGAAGUGUGAAGUACAACGACACAGACCCGUGCUGGGGUUCAGUCACCAGGAAAGACGCGUAUCGGGUGUUUCUGAGCAUCUUCACCGUCCUGUUGGGGCCUUUCACCUUCUUCAGUGCCCAGAAGACCAAAUAUCUCCAGAUUCUCACCUCACUCAUGCGCUGGUUGGCCUUCACCAUGAUGAUCAUCUUGGCUCUUAUCCGUAUUGGUAAAGGCACCGGUGAGGGUCACCCACCAAUCGCCUCCCUCUCCGGGGUGCCCAACCUGUUCGGGGUGUGCGUCUACUCCUUCAUGUGUCAACACUCCUUGCCCUCCCUGGUGACGCCCAUCUCCGAUAAGAAGCAUGUUGGGAAACUGGUGUUGGCAGACUACACCCUGAUCCUGCUAUUCUACGUGCUCCUGUCCUUCACCGCCAUCUUCUGCUUCGACAGCUCCCUGCUGCACGACAUGUACACCCUUAAUUUCACCGACAACUGCGAUGUGUUGAAUAUUCCCUUCCUGCGCUACUUCCUGGGCCUGUUCCCGGUCUUCACCAUCAGCACCAACUUCCCAAUCAUCGCCGUCACGCUUCGCAACAACUGGAAGACCCUGUUCCACCGGGACGGGGGCACCUACCCUUGGGUGGUGGACCGUGUUGUGUUCCCCCUCAUCACACUGGUGCCUCCGAUUGUGGUGGCUUUCUGCACCCACAACUUGGAGUCCCUGGUGGGCAUUACGGGAGCGUACGCCGGCACGGGGAUCCAGUACAUUGUCCCAGCUUCUCUCGUCUUUUACUCGCGACGCCACCUGGAACCCGUGGUGGGCAGGGAUGCGGUUAACAAGCACCGGUCUCCCUUCCGUCACUCUUGUUGGGUGUGGUUUGUUUGGCUGUGGGCUGCCUCCUGCCUCAUGUUUGUCACAGCCAACAUCAUCCUAAACGACACCAAGAACUGAGAACUCACUGAUCCAAAAACUCUCUGUAUGUUUGGCCAGUUUCCUUGUCCCGACACGAGGCCUUACUCGCUGCUGGAUGGACAGUGUGCCUUUUUAUGGAACUUUUGUUGCAUCAAUUAAAUGUAAUUAAGAGUAAUUUAUCAAAUUUUGUUGAAAGGGACCAAAUAUUGAGUGUUUUUGUUCCAUCAUGAGAGCUGGAACAGUGUAUGAAAACAGUAAAAGGGAACUAAAACAAGUGAUUUAUUGAAAUUAUAUUUUGUUAAAUAAACAGUCUAUAGUCA